UAUUACAUAGAUGUCCUAGUACAUAGCUUAAACAUGUCAUGCAGUGAAACAUCUGAUUCACUGAAUCAAUAAAAACAUUUAAAAAUAGUAACAACUUCCGGGUUGUUUAUCGAACAAAGGGACAUGGAGAUUUUCUAAAAACACAAGGUGCACCAUUUGAUGCGCUUAUGCAUAUAUAUAGGUUAUCUAUAGUUUUGUAAUCCAUUGUUGCGCAAGCUAACGGACAAGGGGUAUACGUAGCUUCUUCCGGUUCGAAAGUGGAUCUCCUUGAGUCUUGUACUUUCAUUAUCGUUAGAUUUGUCUGUGACAGUUAAAGGCAGCAGCUGGCUUGUGUUAUCCCAGAAUCAAAAAUGGCGACUCCAAAAGACCACACUUUAAUUGACGACAGAAGUAGUCUGGUGCCAGCCUUUUCCGAAAUAAAAAGCCAAAAACUGAUUGCAGUCGACUGCGAAGGAGUUAAAUUGAGCAGAAAAGGUCAACUAACCAUCUUAACAGUAGCCACUACCACAAAGGUUUUCAUCUUCGACGUUUUCAAACUGGGACAGUCUGUAUUUGAUGGUGGCCUUCGUGACAUUCUGGAGAAUAAAUCUAUCGAGAAGCUAAUGUUUGACUGUAGACAAGAUUCCGACAGCUUGUGGCAUCAAUUCAAGGUUAAGCUCACAGGUGUGUUGGAUCUGCAACUCCUGGACAUAAUCUACCGUCGAAAUCACAGACCAAGACGAUCGUACGGGUCGAUUAAAAGAUGUGAAAAAGAUGAAGUGGAAAAUAUAAACGGCUACAAACGCUGUCUCGGGAACUACGUCUACGACUCAGAACUGCUGGAAAAGAAAGAGAAGGGAAACAAGGAACUUAAAGAUAACUACAGGAUAUGGACAGUUCGACCUCUUACGGAAACCCUGAUCGACUACUGUGUUGUUGACGUAGCCGCCAUGUUCCCGAUGUACAAGAAGCUGAAAGAGUCUGACGAUGUUCUGCCUCGACUGUCAGUAGCCUCAGAACGGUAUGCAGAUAUCUGGCGAGCCAUGGAAGUACGAUCCUUCGACAGGUUUGAGUUUAACGCCUACCUUCCGCUGGAUAUAAUACCAGAAGAAGGGUCAUUGAGUUUUCCGUUUGGAUCCACCAAAUGCACGAAAUGUCAGCGGAUGUUUCCUCACGACGAGUUCCGUAACAGCCAAUUACGGACUGGUUCACAGACCUGUCGAGUUUGUAGGAAGGUACAACAGCGAUAAUCUCAUCGAUAGCUCCUGGUCUAAUCUAAAACCGAACUUUUAAAUAACUACCACAAUGUCUUUGAUGUUUUUAACCAGUCAUUAACUACCCAUGUCACGGUGAGGUAUGAAAUGUUUGGAGCAAUUUGUAUCCAAGUGUACAUAUGCUGGUAGGCGUAGUCUGACUUCGGGGACAACUUGUGUCGGACAUUGAAUAAGGGUUUUAACUCAUUCACCCCUGCAAUGUCAAUAUGAACUAUUCCAACCUUUGAAUAGGAAGAGUGCAAAUUUGUCUUCAGGGGUAAAGAGUUAAAACAAUAACAAAGAUAUUGCUUAAUCUUGAGAAAGUGAUUUAAACUGUGAACACUUAUUAAUUUUCAAAAUGUUAUUAUAUCAGCAGGUCAACUAGAACAUUAUUUGUUAAUGAUGUAUUACGUCAGAAAUGAUAAGUCUUCUGUCAUUAUUGCUCAAAGCACCAGCAAGUGUGUUAAUACCUCAUCGUUAUCAGUCACGUAACACUAGUUUGUGACCUCACUUGAUAUUGUGUAUUUUACUUUCGCUUUAUGUGAACUAGCGUGUCAUAUACUCUCCGUCAUAAUCGAUGGAAGCUGUAAUCAGUAUCACGAUAUGCAUAUCUACACCAUCCUAUGUCUGCUCCAUGACGUCAUCUGAUCAGAUGUACGUAUACUAAAGUUUGUGUAAACAUUUGAUAGAAACCUAAUCUAUAUGAAGAUGUCAUCUCCAUUUUCCAGAGGAUCACAAGCUUUGAGCUACGGACUAUAUAUAUAUAUAUUAUUAACUAACAAUCUUGGUAGCUGAUGAUGUCACCUAUUGUAUGCAUUCAGCAUGUUUCAUUCACGUGCCCAUAAAGCGUUCUGUGAUAUCAGCAAUAUUUUAGUUUUACCAUAAUGUUUAACUGUUACAUUUUUAGCUCACCUGGUCCGAAGGACAAUGGUGAGCUUAUGCCAUACCGCAGCGUCCGUCCGUCAACUU